CCUCCAAUGUUCCCGCCCAGGCCAGCAGAGCCAUGGCUGCCGCUGUCAGACCUUCGAUCGCUCCCUCAUUCCGCGCCGCUGCUCCCGCCAUCUCUGCCGUUCAGGGAAGAAGAAACUACCACGAGAAAGUGCUCGACCACUACAGCAAGCCUAGAAACGUCGGUAGCAUGCAGAAGGGCGACACCGAUGUCGGUACCGGUCUUGUCGGCGCCCCCGCUUGUGGCGAUGUUAUGAAGCUUCAGAUCCGUGUCGACCCCAACGACAACACCAUCAGCGAGGUCAAGUUCAAGACCUUCGGUUGUGGUUCCGCCAUCGCCAGCAGCAGUUAUUUGACCGAGCUCGUCAAGGGCAUGACUCUUGAGCAGGCUGGUCGCAUUAAGAAUACCGAGAUUGCAAAGGAGCUCUGCCUGCCCCCUGUCAAGCUCCACUGCUCCAUGCUUGCUGAGGAUGCUAUCAAGUCCGCCAUCUCAAACUACUACACCAAGAACCCCAACGCAAGAAAGACCGACCUCGGCGGUACCUCAGCACCUCUUCCCAAGGUCGAGGUUGAGACCGUCUCCGCCACCGCUUAAACGCCUCGUCUUUCUGCAUUCUUGAUGUUUCCCUCAUGUCAUUAGCGAGUUUAUUCACAACUUCAUUUCCUUUCUCUUUCACAAUCUUUGGAGUGGCCAGGAACGGCCUUUAGGGUUUUAACGGACUGGCUUUUUCUUACCCCACGCUCACACUGCUAUCUUCAAUGAAAAAUCAGGAGCAAGGUCGGUAUGCUCCACAGCUCCUAUCACGAACGCAACAAUCCCCAU